AUGAAGCCCAACCUGGCAGGCUCCUCCCCAGAGGCCUGCAGAGCUCCAGGCCAGGGCGAGAAGAGCUGCCCUGUUUGCCAGGCCUGGGGAGGGGUCUCAGGCCCGUGGUCUGAGUCAGGGCCGGGGCCCGGGCCCGGUACUGUUCCAGAGCCUGGGCUGGGGCCUGGUGCUGUGUUCAGACCUGGGCCAGGGCCUGCUGCUGUUCCAAGGCCUGGUGCUGUUCUGGGGCCUGGGCUGGGAGCUGGUGCCGUGUCAGGACCUGGGCUGGGGCCUGGUGUGUUUCUAGAACCUAGACCAGGGCCUGGUGCAGUGUCAGGGCCUGGGCUGGGGCCUAGUGCUGUUCUGGGACCUGGACAAGGGCUGGGUGCUGUUUCUGGACUUGGGCUGGGGCCUGGUGCUGCUUCAGGACCGGGACCAGGUCUGGGGCCUAGGCCAGGAGCUGGGUCAGUACCUGGGCCAGGGGUAGGGCCUGGGCCCAGACGGGGGUCGGGGACUGGACCUAAAACCAAUGAGCCAACAACAGCUCCAACACCAGCACCGCAGCAGCAGACUCAGGCCACACCUGUACAGGCCCCCAGGCAGAAGGUUCUGGUGACUGGAGGAGGAGGCUACCUGGGCUUCAGCCUGGGUUCCAGCCUGGCCAGGAGCGGCACUUCAGUCAUCCUGCUCGACCUCCGCAGACCCCAGUGGGAGCUGUUCCCAGGGACCGAGUUCAUCCAGGCCGAUAUCCGAGAUGAAGAAGCCCUGUACCGUGCCUUCGAAGGGGUGGACUGUGUCUUCCACGUGGCGUCCUAUGGAAUGUCUGGUGCUGAGAAGCUGCAAAAAGAGCAGAUUGAGUCUAUAAAUGUUGGAGGCACCAAACUAGUGAUUGAUGUUUGUGUCCGCCGGCGAGUUCCAAGGCUCAUCUACACCAGCACUGUCAAUGUCGCAUUUGGCGGGAAGCCCAUAGAACAGGGCGAUGAGGACUCUGUGCCAUAUUUCCCACUGGAGAAGCACAUGGACCACUACUCCCGGACCAAAGCCAUCGCCGACCAGUUGACCCUCAUGGCCAACAGAACACCUCUCCCAGGAGGAGGCAUUCUGCGGACAUGUGUGCUCCGGCCCCCGGGGAUCUACGGCCCUGAAGAGCAGAGGCACCUGCCCCGCGUGGCGAGCCACAUCAAGAAGAGGCUGUUCUUGUUCCGAUUUGGGGACCGCAGAACUCGGAUGAACUGGGUCCACGUGCGCAAUCUCGUGCAGGCACACGUGCUGGCGGCCGAGGCCCUCACCGCCGCCAAGGGCUACGUGGCUAGCGGGCAGGCAUACUACAUCAACGACGGGGAGAGCGUCAACGUCUUCGAGUGGAUGGCCCCGCUGUUUGAGAAGCUGGGGUGCAGCCAGCCCUGGAUCCAGGUGCCUACCUCCUGGGUUUACCUGGCAGCCACGGUGAUGGAGUAUCUGCACCUGGCCCUGAGGCCCAUCUGCGUUGUCCCACCACUGCUCACCCGGAGUGAGGUGCGCAGCGUGGCCGUGACGCACACCUUCCAGAUCGGCAAGGCCCGCGCCCAGCUAGGCUACGCGCCCGAGAAGUUGAGCUUCGCCGACGCCGUGGACCGAUACUUGCAGUCCACGGCCGGGAGGCCCCGCUCCACGGCGCGGACGCUCCUGCGGUUGCUGCUCGGGCUGCUGCUGCUCCUCGGCCUGCUCGCCCUGGCCCUGCACGUCCUCGGCCUGCAGCCGUCCGCCGUCUAACUUUCUGCCACCCGCCGGUCCCUGCCGCUGCCCCUCCUUCGUCCUCCGGGCUUGGUCCCGCCCCCGCCUCACCACGCCCUCUGGAUUUGGACCCGCCCCUGCGUCAUGGCCACGCCCCUGCCCCUCCGUCUGGGCCCUGGUCUGGCCUCUCCUCCCUCUGGCCUGGCUGGGUUGUUGACGAGAUCCUAACCUCACAACGGGCUACGCAUUCCGGGCCUUCCCCCCGCCUCU